CAUGCUGAGCAUCUGAAGCAGGUUGGAAGGUGAACGAAUCCACCAUGUGGACUCUCUUGUUUCUUUGCAGCGUGAUCACCUCUUAUGGAGUUCAAGGUGCUGGUCGCUUCUACACAACUGAGGAAAUGAAUCCAGUAACCACAGGACCUACUGAGGUACCGGUGUCUCCUGUCCCAGGUGCGAGCUGUGGUGGCUACCUGCAUAGCAGCUAUGGCACUUUUUACAGCCCCCGCUAUCCAAACAACUACCCACCAAAUGCAGACUGUUAUUGGUACAUUAGACCAGGAAGCAGAAUUGUGCAGCUGGAUUUCUCUUUUGUAGACAUUGAGAAUUCCCAUAGCUGUGUUUAUGAUGCCAUUUACAUCUAUGAUGGUUCCAGUACCGGUAGCAGACUUCUGGGAAAGAUAUGUGGCAAUAACAAUGCCACCUUCUACUCCACCGGUUCUUAUUUGACUGUGCGCUUCAGGAGUGAUGGUUCUUCUUCUUUUUCAGGAUUUCGUGCUGACUACCAAGUUGUGGGUUCCUGCAGAUACAACUGUGGCCUCCAGGUUGGAAGCUGCUCUUGCUCUUCAUCCUGUCAGUACAGAGGGAACUGUUGUCCAGACUACAGAGAUGAAUGCCUAAACCCGACAAUGACACCAGGACCAACAGUAACCUCAGCUCAGCCCUCAUGUCGUUACAACUGCGGCAGUUACAUGGGAAGCUGCUCCUGCACAAGCUCUUGUCAAUACUAUGGCAACUGUUGCUAUGACUACAGCUCGUACUGCCAGUCAACCACUGUUGAACCCAUCACAGCCCGGCCCUCAUGUCGAUACAACUGCGGCAGUUACAUGGGAAGCUGCUCCUGCUCAAGUUCUUGUCAAUACUAUGGAAGCUGUUGUUAUGACUACUCCUCUUACUGCCAGUCAAGCACUGCCGCACCUAUGAUACCAACCUCAGCCCAGCCCUCAUGUCGAUACAACUGCGGCGGUCACCUGGGAAGCUGCUCCUGCACAAGCUCUUGUCGAUACUAUGGAAACUGUUGUUAUGACUACUACUCGUACUGCCCGUCAACCACUGUCAGACCCGCCACAGCCCAGCCCUCAUGUCGAUACAACUGCGGCAGUCACCUGGGAAUCUGCUCCUGCACAAGCUCUUGUCGAUAUUAUGGAAACUGUUGUUAUGACUACUCCUCGUACUGCCAGUCAACCACUGUCAGACCCGCCACAGCCCGGCCCUCAUGUCGAUACAACUGCGGCAGUUACCUGGGAAGCUGCUCCUGCACAAGCUCUUGUCGAUACUAUGGAAACUGUUGUUAUGACUACUCCUCUUACUGCCAAUCAAGCACUGCCGAACCUAUGACACCAACCUCAGCUCAGCCCUCGUGUCGAUACAACUGCGGCAGUUACCUGGGAAGCUGCUCCUGCUCAAGCUCUUGCCAAUCCUAUGGAAACUGUUGUAACGACUACUACUCCUACUGCAGAGUCACACCUACAGCAAUCCCCUGUGGAGGCUCUCUGUUUGGCUCUGGCACCUUCUCCAGCCCGAACUACCCCAACUACUACCAUGACAGUGCCUACUGUACCUGGCAGCUACGAGCUGCGUAUGACCAAAGAAUCUUCCUGGCAUUCACGUACAUGCAAUUGGAGAACUGCUGCAAUUGUGACUACAUUGCAGUCUAUGAUGGGCCAUCUGUUAGCUCACGAUACCUGGGGAAAGUAUGCAACUCAAGUCUGAGUACUUUCUACUCCUCAUCCAACUACAUGACUGUGCUCUUCCGGACUGAUGGUUCUGUGGUUGGCAGAGGGUUCAAUGCUGAGUUCAUAAGCUCUCUGCCACCAAGCUCAGGUCGAGUGGACUGUUCCUCAGACAACAUGAACAUUGUGGUUGAGAGGACGUACCUGAACUCACUCGGCUAUGACGGCCACAGUCUGUACUUGAAUGACCCGCACUGCAGACCCCAGGUUUCCAGAUAUCAGGUGGUCUUCAGUUUCCCCAUUAACACUUGUGGCAACAUUCGAAAGUUUGAGAAUGGCAGAGUUGUGUACACCAACACUCUCCGUGCCUACGCCUCCAGCUAUGGAGAGAUCACACGCCAGUCUCACUUUAAGCUGAACGUGGGCUGUCGAAUGGAGCAGGACUCAGUGGCCCAGAUCAUGUACCUUGUCCAUCAUCGUGGCAACAGCAGCAUUACAGGCACAGGCAGGUUCAACACCAGCAUGGAUUUCUACACAUCCAGCAGCUUCUACUAUAAGGUGACUCAAGUUCCAUACGAGGUGGCACUCAACCAGAACUUGUAUGUCCAAGUGGAGUUGAGGAGGGGUGACAGCACCCUGGUCCUUUUUCUGGACACCUGUGUGGCCUCACCAUCACCCCAUGAUUUUCAGAGCAGAUCUUACUACCUGGUCCGUAACGGAUGUCCUGUAGACAACACCUACCAGGCCUACGUAACUGGCACACGUGCGUAUGCCCGUUUCACAUUUAAAGGCUUCCAGUUCCUGCGAGCCACAGAGUCUGUUUACAUCCAGUGCAAGGUCCAGAUAUGCCCAGCCUCCGACAACAAUUCCCGCUGCCGCAGAGGCUGCAGCAAACGUGCAGCCAGAGACGUGGGGUCAGAACACGACAGUCAAACUCUGGUCCUGGGUCCCAUCCAACUCAAAGAGCCUGAGAAAAAGGAAGAGGAGACACAUGAGCAGGACAAGGCUUAACUUGAUACUGCAAUGAGCUGCUUCAGUCAUCUUUAACGAUCAUUAUAGAACUCAACAUUCUGUCCAUUGUGACACUGAAUUUUAAUCACCAGUAACCCUUUCUUUUCUCUUUAUUGCAUUACCUGAAUAAAAGCAUCACCAAAAGACAA